CGAAUUUAGAAUUUAUAUCUCUGACCUUGAGGUUGCCUACUAAGUGCGGUUAUUCUAAAGCGUAGCGUCACUAGAAUAAAAUGACCGUCGGUGAGAUAAAAGGGAAAUCUAAAGUUGAGGAUAGGUCUGAAAAGAAAAACCAAAAGCCAGUCGAAAAGAUAGACAUUACACUUUUGGAGGAAGAUGACGACUUCGAAGAGUUUCCAGCUCAUGCUUGCGUAGAAGGCCACCCUAACGAGGAAGCUACUGUUUGGGAAGACAACUGGGAUGAUGAUAUUGUGGAUGACGAGUUUACUCACCAUUUAAGAGCUGAGUUCCAAAAACAGGGAAAAGCCUUCGUUGUACCUGAAAUCUCUGCGAAUUUGGAUUAAAAACUUCAGAAAAUAUGAUAUAAUGAAAUAAAGUUUUCUUAAUCGUCUACGUUGUUUUGGUUUGCUCGUUUGCUUUCGAUUUGGAUGAGUUUUUACUAAAUUAUAUAUUGCUGCGACUUUUCAGAUAUGCAACCCAUAAACAAUAUUGUUAGUGAACACAUAUCUACCGGUUCCUCAUGUUAUAAACUUGAUCCUUUGCCAGAAUUUCAUUCCAAAGAAAUAUCAAUAAAACGUAGUCCAGAUCCAUAUCCAAACGAAUUCUGCAGUCUCAAUCCACAACACGAUGAUGACUUAUACAAAUCUGUACGUUCUCUGGAUGAACUUGAGGAAAAUUCUAUUCAUUCUCCUGAAGAAACUUUACUCCUUACAAAUGUCAACGGCUUUUGGAAACAAGAAAAUAUCAAGUGGUCAUCAAAUAGUCCCAAAUUUUCACCUCCAACGAGUCCAUCGUUUUCCUACCAAUCUAUUUCUUCAGAUUGUCUUAGCGACGAACCUGAACACAAACCUCAACCUUUCCUACGUUCUCAUCAUGACAGCAGCUCUGAAGAAGUAAGCAGAGAUGACGAAGUGAAAGAAGAUAUAAAGUCUGUCAGACCCACUUUUAUGCGGCAUAUGCAGUUUCCCACUAAAAUUCGCAGUCAGUGGAAGCAAAAUUUCAACAAAUCUCACAUUGUCAGAAGCAGUCUAACUUCUACAGCACGUAAGAAAGCCUUACUGGCUAAGGCAGUCAGUCGCAAGAUGAUGUAUUCACAGUUAUCUAAAUCCACCUCUGUCCAACGAAAUCAAGAACCUUGGCAAGUUGGAGAGCUGGUUUGGGCUCGUCCUAAUUGGCCCGAAAACUUGCCUUGGUGGCCAGCCAUAGUAACUGAAAAACCGAAAAAGUACCAAGCCAAGGGCUUUGGUUUGAAGUCUACAAAUGAUUUUAAUGAUGAAACAGUGCCCACAUUUCGAGUUUGCCUCUUGGGUAUUAUUCGACCGUUGUCUUUCCUAACACUCCCACAAACUCGUUUACGAUUAUUUUCUGGUCGAGAAGAAUUCGAAUCGUUUCUCCGUCAAACUGUUUUAGAAGCAAAAGAUAAGGUUCGGGCAUUACGUCAAUUUACUGUUCACCCAAGUUUACAAUCAGCUUGGCAUCGUGCUAGAGAGGCUGCAGUGGCAGCUAAAUUGACUAAACCAGCGCCAACUGACCGAUUAGCACUGUUUCCAUGGGCAACCGAGCCUUCAUUUCGUAAACUGGAUCCACUUUCAGAAUUUGUUAGAAAAAAUACUGGAAAGUUCACCUUAUACUCUAAAUCACGUAAACGUCCAUACCGAGAUGAGACCAGUGAAGGUGGGUCAUUUUUGUCGUCAUUAUCAGAUGAUUCAGCCACCUCUGUAGCAUCUGACAGUGAUAUAGAUUCUAAAGGAAAACAUCAUCGUCCCAGUUCGUAUAUUUCUUCUUCUACAUCAACUAGUUCCAUCGGUCAUAGAAAACGGUUGAAAUUAUCAAAUGAUAAUUCAAAGAAUGAAAAAACUGGUCAACGUUGGAUAGAUUUAGCGAAUAGUUUUGAAUUUGAAAAAUUGCGUUUUGGUCAUACAACACCAAAACAUCAUUUUAUGUGUAGUGUUUGUGGUGAGUUCAAUAAUAACACCUCAGUAACAAUCAACAGUCACUCAACAGUAAACACUGCACAACCAAUUUUAUCCGAUGUAGCACAUACAACACAGUUAGAUUCACAGAGAAAUUGUAAUCAAGUAUCACAACAACAUCUUGAUAAAUUAGAUAGUGUAAUUAUGCCAUGUGUUGGUUAUUGUGGAAAUUAUUUACAUUUGAAUUGUGCUCCAUAUAUAUUUUAUAGAAGUAUUAAACAAAAAAUCCCCGAUCAUAAUGGUACGGACGAUAGUAAUCAUCAAGUAAUAACAACAAUGAGUAAUAAUAUAAAAGAUAUUAAAUGUUCAAUGACAAAAGAUCUAACAGUAACAUCUGUAAUAAAUAAUGAUUCACUACAACCUAACCCAGUUUGUAAUCUCUGUUUAGCUGGAUUAAGACAGUGUUUUAUUUGUUAUCUUACCCAUCCAGAUCCUCAUCUAUUAACACUUCAAGGAUCCAGUUGUUCAGAAACUCCUUCUGUGGAUCAUGCAAUUUCAGAUUCAUCUGUUGUUGAUAAAAAUAUCUCCGAAGUAAAUAUAAAAAUUGAAGAUGGUGUUACUGAUAAUAAUUCACAUCAAAAAGAUAUCCAAUUAAUAUCAGAGCCAAGUAAAUCUGAUUUACCUCGAAGUGGUGAUCAAAUGAUACGCUGUUCAGUACGAGCUUGUCGACGAUGGUAUCACCCUAGUUGUCUUCGUAAACCACCUUUUGCUGUUGUAGUCCGAGAAGGACGUUCUGGUUCAUUCACUUGUCCUGCACAUACUUGCUUAGCUUGUUCAGCUGAAACACCUGGCACUAUGCCACGACCUUCUCCUCAUUUCAUUCGUUGUGUUAUGUGUCCUGCUGCUUAUCAUCCAGGAGACUGGUGUUUACCAGCUGGCAGUAAAGAAAUUGCUCCUAAUUUAAUAAUCUGUCCACGGCAUGCGUUGCAAGAUGAAUGCAAAUUGUAUACUUCACCCCCGAAUAUCCAACUUAAAUUACCAUCAUCAGGGCUGUUGAAUAUGUUUCGACCAACUAACGUAUCCUGGUGUUUUAUCUGUUCUAAAGGUGGACGUAUUAUUUGUUGUGAAAAUUGUCCAGCUUCAUUUCAUGAGGAAUGUCUUAAAAUUGACGAGGUCCCUGAUAAAUUUAUUUGUGAAGACUGUACAAACGGACGCAUGUUACGUUACGGCGAGAUUGUAUGGGCUCGUCUACCACCAAGUUUGCAGCUCUACCAUCAGCGCUCUUUAAAAUUGUCUGGUGUAUAUAAUUCACAUCGUCUAUCUCCGUUUAAUUUAUCAGGAACAAUCCGUCCUAAUGAUUAUGCGUCACUUACUGCUGGUAUGUAUUGGUGGCCAGGAGAAUUAGUACAUCCAAGACAUUUACAAACAAGUCAAUGUCAUGUACAAUCUGAAAAUAAAGCUGUUACAAUUAAUUUUCAACCAACAACUAGCCCAACAUCACAUUCAUUUAACCAUAUACUUGGUUCAGUGCUUGUUCGAUUAUUUGGUUUAACUGGUCGCCUGUCUCAUCGACAUUCACGUCCUGUUUAUUUAUGGACCACACGUGCUAGAUUAUUUCCAUAUGAAGAAGGUGAUGAUAAACGUGGAUCUCACAGUACUAGCUCCGAUGAUGAUGACUCUACAGAACCAGAAAGAGAAGGGGAUGUUACUCAGAAAAAAUACCACACAAAACAGCGUCCCAAUCGUAACCGUCGUCAUAAUGACUGUGACGAUGAUGACGGAGAAGAUGAAGAUCCUUUGUUGGAAUUAAAUUCAAGCAAUUUACUUAUUGAAGAAAACAAUAAUAAUAAUAACAGUAGUAAAAGUAUUAAUACAAGUUGUAAUGAAAACAGUAAUCCAAUGGAAUCUCCCACUGGAUCAAUUUACAAGUCAUCCAGUCGGUUAUCUCGUAAUUUAUGCUUAAGACCACGUGCAAAUAACUGUUUAAAUGAUGAAAAUUCUGUCAAUUCAACAUCAAAUCCACGUACACCACCGUCUGUAGUUAGACGAAAAAAAUUUAUAUACAAUGCUGCAUUAAAGCAAGCUGCUCGUGGUUAUCUUAAAAGACAUGAAAAAUUCUCUGAACUUCUGGGUAGAACACGACGUCCAGAUUAUUAUAAACCAAUAAAGGUAAAUUGGCCACUUGGCUCUGUUCGAGUUUAUCGUCUUACAGAUUCAAGUGAAGCUCCUCGUUGUGAGUGUAAACCAAAUUCAGAAGACCCUUGUGGACCAUCUAGUAACUGUAUUAAUCGUGAAUUGCACUAUGAAUGUUUACCUAGUAUAUGCCCAAAUGGUGAUGCUUGUCGUAAUCAACGUUUUACAAAACGUCUUUAUCCUCCUCAACGACCUUUCUGGACUGGUGAUCAACGAGGUUGGGGAUUAAAGACUAUGAUAGCGAUUCGUGCCGGUGAAUUUGUCAAUGAAUAUAUUGGUGAUUUAAUUGAUGAAGAUGAAGCUAAUCGGCGUUUAAGAUUUGCUCAUGAAAAUAAUAUUACUAAUUAUUAUAUGAUGAAAUUAGAUAGUCAACGUAUUAUUGAUGCUGGACCGAAAGGUAAUUUAAGCCGUUUUAUGAAUCAUUCAUGUGAUCCAAAUCUGAAUACACAAAAAUGGACUGUUAAUGGAGAUAAUAGAAUUGGUUUAUUUGCUGUCAGAGAUAUAUCUGCUGGUGAAGAGUUAACAUUCAACUAUAAUUUUGUUGCAUUGGGUCAAGAACGUUUGAAUUGUCGAUGUGGUGCGUCAAAUUGUGUUGGUUUUCUUGGUGCACGUUCAGAAUCAUCGAGUAAUAAUAAUGGUAGUGGACAAGUUGGCGGUAACUCAUCUUCUAAUUUUGGUGAAUUAAAUAAUCCAUCAAAUGCUUUAAUUAACACAGAUAUUAGCCGUGGAUCAUCUAAACGUCAUACCGUUCAAACAAAUCCACGCUCCAACGAUAUUGAUAAGUGUCAUAUGAAAGAUGGACGUGAUAUAUGUUCUAGUAAAGUUUCUAAUCAUAAUCUAUCUACUACUCCACUGAUGAACAAUAACAAAAACGGUUCGACCAAUGUGAAUAGUCCCUUGAAUAUGAAUAGACGUCACGAAACUAAAUGUUUCCGAUGUGGUGAAAAAGACGCUCCUAUUGGAAAGCGAUCACUAUCAUUAUUCAGUGAAACAUUGAGUCUAACGAAUUCUUCACAUACUAAUACUACUAUUGUACCAUCAUCUUCAUUGUCAUCGAAUAAAUCUCUAAGUAAACGUGGACUAAAGCGUGAACUAGAAGAUUUAGUUGCAUCAGUUGUGAAUCAUUCACCAAGCAAAAGUCAACAUGGACUCAGUUCGCCUACACUAAUCAGUCGAAACGAAACACAAUCAUCGGUUUUUAUUAGUACUACUAAUGCUACGGCCACUGAAGAUCAAACAUCGUACAAGUCACAUGAUCUUAUUUUAUGCAGUAAACACGAUUGUUCUAAAGCUUAUCAUUUAUUCUGCCUGGAUUUAGAUACACCACCUCAAGGUCAGUGGUUUUGUCCCUGGCAUCAUUGUGAUGCAUGUGGUCGUCCCUCUCAUAUUUUCUGUUCCAUAUGUCCAUCUUCAUUUUGUCUGGCCCAUGUUGAAGGUAGUAUUGUUGUUCUGCCUCCAGUUCUACCAAAACGCAAUCGUAAACUAUCUAACAAUCGACCUGAAAAUAAUGUUGUUGACCCUAUAGAAAAUAGGAAACUCUACUCUCUUCUUGCUCGAAUCGUUUGUAUGUUUCACCAUGACCUGAUAAACAAUGUCCACGAUCGACCUGUAGUAAAGAAAAAGAAGCUUAAUCCAUUAGUGUCAUCGUCGAGUAAAUCUGAUAAGUGUGAGAAAAAUGUUUGUACUGAAAUACUACAAGAAGAUCAUUUGGAUGGUAGUAAUAGUUACUCUUCAGGAUUGAUGAUGACAAGACGUCAAAGCCUUUUGCGUCAGUCAACAAUAUCCCAAGCUGAACAUUGCGAUGAUAUUAGUACGCCUAAUAACAACGACAGUAAUAAUUCGACUAGUUCGUGUGGUUUAGAAACAACAAAACAAAAUGACUGUCUUUCAAGUUGUGUAAGCACAACACCAAAUCGUACUAUUGAGACCAACUAGAGGUUGGUAGAUUAAUUUCAUUUUAAUGUCUUUUUGUAUAUGUAUAACUGUAUUACUUAUUUUUUUAAUCCAAAUAAUAAAGCUUGUUGUUUAUAAUUUCCUGAUUUGAAAAGCAUAUUGUGACGGUAGAAAUUAAAAUCAGACUCAAUAUAAUUCAAUGAUGGCAACUUUUUUGUUUUAUUCUAGGAUUUAAUACCGAUUGGAUGGUUUUUUCAUUAUUUUUAACUGUCUACAAGCUUAUUAAUUUCACAGAACUAUUGAAUUUAUCAGCAAGUUUCGAUUCACAGAUGCGAAUAUUGUCUAAUUAACAGAUUAUUUUUAUUCAAGCUAAGAUAUUGCCCUUAUAUGGGCUAGUUAUUGAAUGAGAAUUGCUAUUUUCACCUACAUUGAUCAUAAAUUAAUGUCUGUUGUAUAUUCAAAAGUGCUCGUCUUUUGAAAACAUAAUGGUCUUUUUCUCAGCGUUCAACUAAAUGGAUAGAAAUGAUCAAGGUGUUUAAGCUAUCGUGCCCAUAUUUACAAUCUUUGUUAAAAUUUAUUUAAUCUUUCGAAGUUAUUGUAGAGGAUUAUUAAGAUUGCGUGAAAACAAGUUUUCAUGAUCACGAUUCAAAAUAUCACUCUUCGAAUCUUUAUGUUGUAUGCCUUUAAUAUCUACCACACAUUUAAUAUGUUAAACUUGCACUGAGUAUAUCGUUACACUAGAUGAACGUCCACUGCUUCCACGUUUUUCAUAGUGGUCUAGCUUUAAUUGACUCAUGAACUCAACUACUAAAUUACUACAAUCUC